AUGGUUGAUUAUUUUGGUGGAACUAGGAGUAAAGUAAAAAGAUUGGAGUUGAUUGAUUGCUUUAAGAAUAAGUGUUGGGGAGAUAAUGAUGAGGACGCUUUUAAGUUUGCAAUUUUGUUUUUUAUAAACACAUACAUCUUUUGCGGUGAGCCUAGGAAAACGAAUAUACCAAGGGUUCAUUUUGAAGUGGUUGAGGAUGGAAGGUAUGUAGAUUAUCCAUGGGGCAAAGAAGCUUUUACCGAGUUGAUUAGAAGCAUCAGCAAGAAGUAUUCUGCCACAACACAGUAUUAUAGGACCCAUGGGAUGCCACUGGCUAUGCAAGUUUGGCUUUAUGAGUGUUGUUCAAGAGUUCCAUCGUAUCUCGCUCUUAAAUCCGGAAAUUCCAUUCCAAGAAUGUUGAAUUGGAGGUCCAUUGACAGUCAGCCAAAAUACAAUAUUUUGAUGGAAGGCAUUUUUAGAGACGGCAAACAGUCGAGAUGUACAUUUGCAAAUACAAUCCCUACUAGCAGUGAGUUGGAGAGCCUCCAAUUGCCCGAUGUUGUUGUCUGUCGAGAUACAGUAGACAAAAAUGUCUUAGUUGAUGCCCAUGAAGGUACCCAAGUCACAGAUAUGCCAGUGGAUGAGUAUGAUGAUUUCAGUACUACUCCCCCCCCCCCCCCACCUUUCUAAGGGUAAACAGCAACAACGGACGAAUCAGACAGAUUCUCCACUUUCAAAGAGACGCAGACAACUUCCUGCAAUAGCUUCCACAUCAAAGAAACAACAAAUCCAUACCGAACCACAAAUAACUUUGAAGAAGAGUCACAAGGAGCAAAAGGUUGCUCAAAAGCCUAUUUUACGUAAGUACCGCUUCACCAAAGUUGAAUGAACAAAUGAAUCGACCCCAAAACACCCUGGUCCUACGUGAUGUCCCUACUGCCUCUAUGAAAUAUGAAAUGCAAUUGCUAAGGAAAGAUUUUCAAGUUUUGAAGGAAUCAGUAAGUGAUUUUAGUUACGAAACAAAAAUCUUUUUGGUGUAUUUAAUUUAAUGUUUGUUAACAAAUUGAAAUACUGUUUUUGUUUAAAUAUUAGGUCGUUGGUGAGUUCACAAGUAUUGGCACUGAGUUGUCCAAUCUUCGAACUUUCAUGGAUGACAACUUCAAGAAGCUAUUUGAAGCAAUCAAGGGGAACAAUUCUGUGGA